AUGAACACUACAUACAAAUUUAGUCCAUUUUGUCCCAAAGGUGAUGCUGACCAAGCAACGUAUUUUAUUACUAGGAGGUCACUUCCGGCUUUUAAAGAAGUUGGUCUAACAUGCUUUCGAGAUCUGUUCAUAAACCGUGUUGGAACCUGGACUCUCUUUCAGAUAUACAUAGAGUUAAAUGGAAAAGUAAGGGAUGCAGUUAUAUCUCUUAUUGAUCAAGAGCGAGAAGGUGAGCAAAUUGAUCGUGCUUUGCUGAAGAACAUAUUGGAUAUAUUUGUUGAAAUUGGAAUGGGGCAAAUGGAUUAUUAUGAGAAUGAUUUUGAAGAAGCAAUGCUCAAGGACACUGCAGUAUAUUAUUCUCGGAAGGCUUCUAACUGGAUCUUGGAAGAUUCAUGUCUGGACUAUAUGCUGAAAGCUAUGUAUAAAGUACAACACGAGUUGUUGUCCGUGUAUGCAACCCAAUUGCUUGAGAAGGAGCACUCCGGAUGUCACGUGUUGCUUAGGGAUGACAAGGCUCUCAAGGAGGCGUCUGAAGUCAUCUGCAACAAGAGUGUUUCUGAAAGUUCUAGUGCAGAACUUCUUGCCCCGUUUUGUGAUAAAAUUCUCAAAAAUGGUGGGAGUAAAAAAUUGAGUGAUGAAGCCAUUGAAGAGACAUUGGAGAAGGCUGCUGCCAUGCUUCUAUUCAAUGCCUCAGAUAGGUUGAGUUACCAGGAAAUCAUGACUCAAUCGAACCUGUCAGAUGAUGAUUUCAUUAGGUUGCUUCAUUCGCUUUCAUGUGCGAAGUAUAAGAUUCUUAACUAG